AUGAGUGGGCUGGAUACAGUUCCAGACACUAUAAAUUUUCCAAAGGAGGAAGAAAAAACAUUAGAGUAUUGGAAUGAAAACAAAGUCUUCGAGAAGUCGCUAACGUUGGCCAAGGAUCGACCACGCUUCACAUUCUUUGAUGGACCUCCAUUCGCAACUGGAUUGCCUCACUAUGGUCAUAUUUUGGCUGGCACCAUCAAGGAUGUAGUGACAAGAUGGGCGCACCAAAAUGGUUUCUUUGUUGAACGCCGUUUCGGAUGGGACACACAUGGUCUACCUGUGGAAUAUGAAGUUGACAAGACGCUAGGUGUGAAAGGCCCUAGUGAUAUAUACGCUAUGGGAAUUGACAAAUAUAAUGCAGAAUGCAGAAGCAUCGUAAUGAGAUAUUCCCAUGAAUGGGAGGUGACGGUGGCUCGUAUGGGACGUUGGAUCGAUUUCCGCAACGACUAUAAAACCCUGUAUCCAUGGUUCAUGGAAAGUGUCUGGUGGGCUUUCAGUGAACUUGUCAAGAAAGGUCUCGUCUACAGAGGAGUGAAGGUACGAUUGCAUCGCAGUCAGUGUUUACUCCAAGAACCCUCCAACCAAAUAGAUGCGUUUGGUAUUUCUCGUCCAAUGUCAUUCGUUAGGGAGGGUAGACAGACGUUACAGGGUGUUAUUACAGUGUGCAUUGGUUUCCGCCUUGAUGAGAAUCCCAAUCGCAUGAUGGUGGCCUGGACAACCACUCCAUGGACAUUGCCCAGCAAUUUAGCCCUCUGUGUACAUCCGGACCUAGACUACGUGGUUGUCAAAGAGCGAUUAGCAUUCAAUGAAAUGCAUUACCUUUACAAAUUCUAUUUAGAUCCUGGAAUAGUUCAUAAAAAUUANAUGAAAGCUGAAAUGGGAGCAUUCCGUGUACUCUGCAAUACUUUUGUCACCACUGAUCAGGGUACUGGUAUUGUACAUCAAGCUCCAUACUUUGGAGAAAUUGAUUACCAAACCUGCCUUGAAAAUGGAAUAAUCACUAAGGACAUGAAAAUCAUUUGCCCUGUGGAUGAAAGUGGGCGAUUCACUGCGGAAGUGAGCGAUUUCGCCGGCUUGUAUGUGAAGGAUGCCGAUAAAGCGAUUUGUAAGAAGUUGAAGGAAAGCGGCAAUCUUAUCAAGCAGGGAGAGGUGAAACACUCUUAUCCAUUCUGUUGGCGAUCGGACACCCCACUCUUGUAUAAAGCUGUUCCAUCGUGGUUCAUUCGUGUAGAACAAAUUGUGCCCAAACUUCUUGCAAACAAUGAACAAACUUACUGGGUUCCGAAUUUCGUGAAAGAAAAACGGUUCGCGAACUGGUUACGAGAUGCGAGAGAUUGGGCCGUAUCGCGUAACCGCUUCUGGGGAACACCAAUUAAUUUGUGGGUCAGCGACGAUUUGGAAGAGGUUGUUUGCCCAUCGAGUAUUGCCGAACUCGAACGGCUCACAGGCACUAAAAUAACCGAUAUUCAUAGAGAGAGCGUCGAUCACCUCACUAUUCCCUCUAAGACUGGUCGUGGAGUUCUUAAACGAGUCAGCGAGGUAUUUGACUGCUGGUUUGAGUCUGGUUCCAUGCCGUACGCUCAAAACCAUUAUCCCUUCGAAAACAAGAAAGUAUUUGAAGACAACUUCCCCGCUGAUUUCAUUGCUGAAGGAAUUGAUCAGACCCGAGGAUGGUUCUAUACACUUCUCGUCCUCUCCACAGCGCUGUUCAACAAGCCACCUUUCAAGAAUCUCAUUUGCAAUGGACUUGUCCUUGCUUCUGAUGGUAGCAAAAUGUCUAAGCGUAAGAAGAAUUAUCCAGAUCCAGUGGAAGUGGUGGAGAAAUAUGGUGCCGACGCACUCCGUCUGUAUCUCAUCAAUUCACCUGUAGUACGGGGAGAAAACCUGCGCUUCAGGGAGGAAGGAGUGCGUGACCUACUGAAGGAUGUUUUUCUACCUUGGUUCAAUGCCUACAGAUUUUUCGCGCAGAACGCUCAACUUUACGAACAUGACACCGGCAAAGUGUUCUCGAUGAAAGAAGUGAAAAGCGAAAAUGUGAUGGAUAGGUGGAUUGAGUCAUUCACCAAUACCUUGGUGCAAUUUGUUCGCAAAGAGAUGGCUGAAUAUCGACUGUAUGCUGUAGGGGAGUUCGGUCCAGAUGACCAGACACAUGCACUUUCUGCUCUUGGGCGUGUACUCAUCAUUAUUGUCCGACUCAUGGCACCUUUCACUCCAUUUUUCUGCGAAUACGUCUGGAAGAAUUUACGCAAGGUGACCGGAGCUCCUGAGGAGUCCGUUCAUUACACCUUGCUUCCAACUUGUGAUGAAAGCCUAAUAGACACGACAGUCGAGAGGAGGGUACAAGCGAUGCGCGACUGCAUUGACCUCGUCAGAGUGUUGAGAGAACGAAAAGCGAUACCUGUCAAGUAUCCGCUCAAAGAAAUGAUUGUGGUGAAUCGAGAUGGUCAAUUUUUGGAAGAUCUUAAAAGCCUUGAGCACUAUAUCUUGUCGGAAGUGAAUAUACGCAAGCUUACAGUUUCCCAGGACAAGCAUAAGUACGGCAUCACCUUGAAGGCUGACCCGAACUUCAAAAUGCUUGGAGCGCGAUUAAAGGGUGACCAGAAGAAGGUGGUGGAUUACCUCAAAACUCAGGUCACUGAGAGCGAGUUAGAGCAGUUCCUGGCAGAAGGAAAACUGACUGUUUGCGGUCACGAACUUUCAUCGGAGGAGGUCAGCGUCAGUUACACGAGCGCUCAGAGUGGUAAGAGCGAUUCCGGCUACGAGACACAUUCGGAUGGAAAGACGAUUGUGAUGCUUGAUGUUUCGGAAGACUCGUCCCUAGUUGAAGAAGGCCUUGCUAGAGAGAUUACAAAUCGAGUUCAGAAGCUUAGAAAAGCAGCAAAACUCGUCUCCACGGAUUCGGCUGUGGUUUACUGUGUUGUUGAGCCUAAAACCAGCCAGCUAGCGGCAGUCGUCACAUCUCACAAGGAUAAGAUUGAAGAGGUUACAGGGACACCACUGCGGUUAGAGCAGUUGCCUACAGGCAAACGAGCCACUGUUUCCAACAUCAGUACUGUCAAAGAUGCGGAAGUUUCGCUAUGGCUAAUUGCGGAUGCUGUCACAGACACUGUUACAGUCGGUCUCAACGGGAAAACUAUUCGUAUCCGUUUGAAAUCAAGCACAGAUAGAGUGCUAAGUUACAGCGACCUGCUUUAUGAGAUUCGGUCAGCAUUGGAUUUGUGGAAGGGUAAAGUGUGGCUCAUUCUUGCUGACGGAACCCGUUUCCACCCUACGACUCCUGUUGAGGAGUUAAGCGGUCAGUCUGUGACCAUCCAAACAUAG